AUGCUGGACAUUUUUGAAGUUGUCAAUGCACCUCCGCAACUCUCUCUCUCUCUCUCUCUCUCUCUCUCGCGCGCGCUCUUAGUAGUUCUGCUUGUGUUUGGGGAUUCCAGAUACCCAAAACAAUUUGGUUACGCAGUAUCGACGCUACAUAGUUAUCGCAAAAGUCACGUUUCUGUUAUCGUCCGCAAAACAGUUAUAAAAGCUUCUAUGCUCUCAUCCUCUUCUUGUUUGCUCCUAGUGACAAAGAAAGCUCUCUCUCUCUCUAUCUCUCUCUCUCUCUCUCUCUCUCUCUCUCUCUCUCUCUCUAUUAUACAAAUACUUCCUUUACUUCCUUCUAUUGUUCCUAUCUUCAUGAAGAAACUCAAACUGGCCGCUGCAGCCAAAAAGUACGGAAUCGGUUAUUCAACAGCAGCAAAAAUUCUCAAGAAAGAUGAUGAUCUCAGAUCUUGCAUGCAAAUGAACGGAAACACUAAUCUCAAACGCAAGCACCAAUCCGUGCACAAGGACGUUAACGAAGCGCUUACACAAUGGUUUACGCAAGCAUGUGCUCAUGGAGCUACCGUCACUGAUCACGUCAUCAGGCAGAAAGCAUCACAACUGGCCGUAAAUCUUGAAGUUGAUUUUGAACCGGGCAAUGGCUGGCUCAUGCGCUGGAAGCAGGCCAAUAACGUUUCGUUCAACAGCAGAUCAGGUUCUGCCAACGAAUGGGUGACAAACGUUUUGCCGCAACUUUUUCGUGGAUAUGAUUCAAAAGAUGUUUGA